GUUCCAUACCUUGUAUCGACCGACACACCGAGGCAAGUUUUCGGACUGCGGAGUUUCAGCCAGCACUUAUAUCCGCCCAGCCAACGUGACGGAAGUCACAAGCAGCCUUUAUUACUAACACCGCCUCGUCCUGGUAACUUGGCCAAUAGCUUUCUUUCUUUCUUUUUACCCGUCUCUGCGACGAUUGGUAGAGAAGCAAGAAUCAGAGCGAGGAAUUAGACGAUAAAAAGAAGAAGAAGAAAAGAAGAAGGCAUAGAAUCAUUUUUUGAGAAACAAUGAGUGCAGCGGAAAAGCAGCCCUUAAUGAGUCCUUUCCACCGCGGCAUCACCGUUCCAAAGGCCGCAACAUGGGCCUCGGCCAUCACAUCCCGCCGUGACGCCUCCCGGCGAAUCCCGCAAACCAUUGCCCACCGCGGAUUCAAGGCCUCGUUCCCGGAGAACAGCAUGGCGGCCUUCCGCGCGGCCGUCGAGGUGGGCGCCCAUGCGCUGGAGACGGACGUGCAUCUCUCCAAGGAUGGCGUUGUCGUGCUGUCACAUGACCCCUCGUUAAAGAGAUGCUUCGGCGUUGAUCUCCUCAUCAAAGACUGCACCUGGUCAUACCUGUCCAGCCUGCGGACGACCAAGCAGCCGCAUGAGCCGCUGCCGAGACUGGUGGACCUGUUGGAGUAUCUCGUCUCGGGACCAGAGACGGAAAAGAUUUGGGUCCUGUUGGAUAUCAAGAUCGACGACAAGCCUGAGCAUCUCCUUCAUGCCAUCGCCUGCGCUCUCACAGAAGUCUCCUCCGCCACGCCAUGGGACGAACGCAUCAUUCUCGGAUGCUGGAACGCCACAUUCAUGAAAGCCGCCCUCUCCUUCCUCCCCGGUUACCCCCUCGCCCACAUCUCCAACUCGCUCUUCUACUCCCGCCACUUCUUCCCCAUCCCCAACCUCGCCUUCAACAUGUUCCAGGGCCUCCUCGUCGGCCCCUUUGGCAGGUGGUUCCUCCGCGACGCAAAGCGAGCCAACCGCCCCGUCUUUGCCUGGACCGUCAACGCCGAGAAGUGGAUGGAGUGGUGCAUCCGCAAGAAUGUAAACGCCGCCGCCAAUCGCGCUCUCCUCCCUCCUUCUCCUUCUACGUCUUCUCUCUCCUCCCUAUCAGACGACAAAUCACCAGCACCGCCACUGACCGUCUUCAUCGACGGCGUCAUCACCGACAACCCCCAACUCUUCCUGCAAGUCUGCUCCCGCGUCGAAGACGACCUCGACGGCAUCGCAUCCGCAUCCGCAUCCACCGCCGUCUCCCGAAAGCGCAGCCAGAAUCUCGGCAUCUCCAUGCUCAGCAACCUCAAGACCCAGCUCGGCACUACCUGCGGCGUGCUGUUCGCCAACGUCGUCGUCACGAGCUUCUUCUGGUAUAGGCGGUUUCAGGGCAGGAUGGAUAAGUUUGAUGUGAGCUUUUUUAGGAAUUUUCAGGGAUAAAUGGGCGGCGUGUUUGUUUUUUUUUUUUUUUCCUUCACUCAUUUUUUUUACUUGCUAUCAUCUCUUCUCUUGUUUAAGCGGAUAGGACUGGUUUGGGUUUGGGUCUAGGCGUAAAUGUACCGUUUCGUCGCUUUUCUCUUUUUAUUGUUCUACAACCUUAAUGACUAGCUAGACAGACUAUCAAGACUCAUAUAUGUGUACAUAGAUACCGCACAGAAUAACGAAACAUCAUACACUU